CGCAACAUAGGGCAGUUUCAGUCAUCAUCGUUAGCUAACUUACCUACGCACAUUACCGGGAAGCGUUGUCGGUAGUUGUUCAUACUUGGCACUAAGAAGCAAAAGGAGCUACUUUUUGUGUUAACCAUAUAUAUAACGUUAGUUAACCUGAGGUGUCGGCUAAACUUGACAACCGGCAACUCUGUUAGCUGGUUAGCACAUUAAAUGUUUGUAAUGUAACGUUACGAGGGCUGAGGAAAUCAUAAAGUCCGUUUGUAAUUGAAGAGAGACAAACAGAUUUAACAUUUCCUGAUUUUACUUGAAUUAAGCCAACUUAGGGUACGAUUUGUUGCUGACUGAGAUACACUUAACGUUAGGUCCGGUUAUCUUGCCAGUCAUUUGAUUGUUAAGGUGAUUAACCCUAACGCAACGUAGGACCCUUCGAGUCAACAUGAAAAGUCUUCCUUAUUUUUGUCGAGGAGAAGUGAUUCAUGGAUUUGGCAGAGGAAGCAAAGACUUAGGUAUUCCCACAGCAAAUUUCCCAACAUCCGUAGUGGAGCAGCUUCCGGCAGACAUCAACACAGGCAUCUACUACGGCUGGGCCAGAGUGGACAAUGGUCCCGUUCACAAGAUGGUGAUGAGCAUCGGCUGGAACCCGUACUACAAAAACACAAUGAAGUCUAUGGAGACUCAUGUCAUCCACAAAUUCAAAGAAGAUUUUUAUGGGCAGACCUUGAGUGUGGUGAUGGUUGGCUACAUCAGACCAGAGAGAGGCUUUGACUCGCUUGAUGCUUUGAUCACAGCAAUCCACAGCGACAUAGAACAAGCCAAUCAGAAACUGGAACUUCCUGAGCACCAGAAGCUCAAGGAGGACAACUUCUUUAAGGACCCUUUCACCGUGCCAGUGGACAAGACCACAACGUCAACAUCAACAAUAUCAACAGAAUCAAACCAUAUCAUGAAUGGCCACUGAUUGUGUGUGUGUGUGUGUGUGUGUGUGCGCGCGGGUGUGCCACAUCUCCUCUCCGUUGAUGUAUGUAUGCGUGUGUGUGUUUACAGUCCUCCUGUGAGCAGUGCUUUCACCCCUCAAAAAGCGGAAAGGAGAGAGCGAGUGAUUGGAUGGAUGGCUGGAGAGAUGGUGAUUUAGGGAAAGAGUGCAAGGUGGACGAGGGUCAAGAGGGAGAGAUAGAGGAGGGAGGGAGGAGCGCUGUUAUCUGAGUGGCUUAGUGCUGGAGACUCCCAGUGGAAAGUCCAUCAGCUCAGGGUCAUCGAGGAGAGGAGGGGCCUUUGUCUAUGAGAGACUGAAGGAGAGAGAGAAAGAUAGAAACAUGCUGGCUGAAUUCCUAUGGUGACUCUGCCAAAAAGCAGUUUGUAAAUAUUUCUGAUCAGAAUCAAUUGGUUAAUGUAUACAACUUUGAUUUGUAUAGAAGAGCAUCAUUUAUGAUUGUUGGACUUUCCCACAUCUGUGAUUGUGAGGUGAGCGAGAGCAGUCUGUAUGAGAAAGCCGGCUUUAGAAUGAAAGUGUGUGUGUGUGUGUGUGUGUGUGUGUGUGUGUGUGUGUGUGUGUGUGUGUGUGUGUGUGUGUGUGUGUGUGUGUGUGUGUGUGUGUGUGUGUGUGUGUGUGUGUGUGUGUGUGUGUGUGUGUGUGUGUGUGUGUGUGUGUGUGUGUGUGUGUGUUGACAGCUGAGUUAGCUUUGUCUACCCCAGAAGCAUUUAUCCCACGCCUGUUAUGGCGUUAUGCACCCGUACCAUAGAUCUAACAGUCCUCAGAGGUAACGCGCUGAACUCCUGGUUCUUGUGAGACAAGUGGAGAGGUUGUGGUCACAGUCUGUUCCUUCAUCCAGCCAUAAUUAGCGAUAGAUCAGGGGGCCUGUAUCAAGGCUAGCCUGUCUGGAGGCCUUUGACUUCCUCUCACUUUCCUGUUCUCUGUUUAUGCAGAAGCAGUCUUCUGUCACCAAUGAUGUUAUAUAAACUCACUCACACACACACCGUCACAGUCCUGUUGUCCACACAGAAAGAAAUUGCUGUAUUUAAUUGUAAGUUAUUGACCUCAGGUGAAAAUGAACAAUUUGAAAGAACUGAAUAAAAGGUUACGGCUCAAUCUGUUAUGCUUCCCAUUUGAAACUUCCAGUCAUUUGUCUAUAUAUAUAUACUGCAUAUACUGUAUAUAUAUGUGUGUGUAUAUAUUUGUUUUUGUGAGUAUGUAUGUAUGAGAGAGUUCAUACUCUGGAGUUUUCACCUCUGCCCCUGAUUGCUGUGAGUCUGUCUCCAGGGACCAGCCUUACUGUGUGUGUAUGUGUGUGUAUGUGUGUGUGCACGCUCAGUUAUCCUGCCUGCAACUGUAUGCCGCUGCCUGGUAUCCUGUCCUGAUUAAAUCAAUGGAAUCUG